CGAUCCCAGAAAACCCCCGUGGGCCAGAAGGCGACCGUCAUGGAGUGGCGGGACGAAGAAACCCCCUCCGAGGAAAUCCUAAUGCUCGUCUUCUCUCGCCUUAAGCCCUACUGCCUCGACCUCCUCGACCUCCUUCGCAACCCUAAGAAGGAUGCCUCCUUCCUUGCCGAGAUGGCCGACUUCCUCCGAAGCGCCCCUGCCGCCGCUUUGCAGCCCUCUCUCGAUUAUACCUUGUUCCCUUUUCUCCUUUUGCUGGAUGCGGCUGUGCAGUGUAGAGAAGAGAAGAAGGCUGACUCGGAUGGGGGUUUUGGGAAUGGUGGUGCCCCAUUAGGUGCGCAUGCGAUCAGUGAUUCUGUGGCAGAAGGGUUGCUAAUGUGCCUAGAAGAACUUUUAAAGAAAUGCCAUCUUGGGUCUGUGAAUCAGAUGGUUGUGGUGCUAAAGAAAAUUACCACUGGAGCUAUGCUUUCACAUUCUGUGGCAUCGGAAGAAUUUCGUGAAGGAAUAAUAAGAUGCUUUAGGGCGAUACUUCUCAAUUUACAACCUUGCUCUGUUAGUUCCUGUUCAUGCAAGCAAAGGGUUAUCAUGUCUACAUCCAAAUCUAUUGAUGGUGCUUUUGUGCAUCAUAAUACUCUCUCAAGGGAUUGUGUAGAAUCACUAGAAUGUUUGCUAGCAUUUCUCCAAUCUCAAAAUGCUUCAGCUGCAGUAGGGCAUUGGCUAUCACUUCUUCUCCAAGCUGCUGAACUUGAGGCACUGAGAGGACACCGUGGAAGUGCAAAUCUCCGGAAAGAGGCAUUUCUGACCCUUCGAGUCCUUGUUGCCAAGGUUGGUACUGCUGAUGCACUUGCCUUCUUUCUACCGGGUGUUGUAAGCCGUUUUGCAAAGGCCUUAUAUGUAUCAAAAAAUAUGAUUAGUGGUGCUGCUGGAAGCUCUGUGGCCAUCGAGCAGGCUAUUUGUGGUUUGACUGAGUUCUUGAUUAUUGUUUUAGACGAUAAGGCAAAUCUUCACUCCCUUGAGAUGCCUGUAAAUGAUAUUGGAUCACUUUCACCCAUGGAAAAUAAAUCUACCCAAUCUGUCCUAGAGGCUCUUCGUAGUUUACCUCUAAAUGGUCAUGUUCAGUCAGCAAAUAUCAUUGGAGAUUCGUUUAAUCAAGCUAUCAACGAUGAUCAUAAACGAAAGAUAGUUGAUCAUAGCAAUGGCAAAAGAACUUUAUUCGUACAUCGUUCCAAGGAGUGGAUUGAUGAAACUUCUUCUAAUGUUGAUAAAUUAAUGUCUGCUGCAUUUCCACAUCUUUGUAUUCAUUCUGCAGAAAGGGUCAGAAAAGCACUUGUAGAUGGCAUACAGGGGCUUCUGUUGAAUUGCAGAUGCACUUUGCAAAGAAGCAAAUUAAUGCUUUUGGAGUGUUUGUGUGUGCUGGUUUGUGACGAUGCAGAUGUUGUGUCCAUGGUAGCACAGGAAUCCCUCGAAUCUUUAUUUGUUUUGGGUGAGAAAUUUAUAACCAAAAAUGAAAUUUCUGAUCUAUUUACCAGCCUCAUUAAAGCGCUUCCAUGUGUGGUUCUUGGAAGUGAUGAGACAAUUGCUUUGUCACAUGCUCAGAAACUACUUUCUCUAGUCUAUUAUGCAGGUCCGGACCUUUUAGUAAAUUACCUUCAGUCUCCUGUCAAUGCAUCAUGUUUUUUGGAGUAUUUUGGAUUAUGCUUCAGUCAUAAUUCACGGUUUGCUGGUUCCAUGAAUAACCUAAUUUUGUCAAAACCGCUUUCAACUGGAUAUUUGCUUUCCAUUGCUGAGCUGAAAGCUGGCAAUAUCUUGAGUUCUCCAAGAAAUCUUACUAAGGAUGCCACUUUUCCUGUUGUUUCCAAAAUUUCUAUUUUGCAAGAUGAGGAUUUGCAAAGUCCUUCAGAAUAUGUAACUAGUGUUUUGGAGUUUCCUCACAUGCCUCCUUGGUUUGGUAUUGCUGGCAGUCGGAAACUAUACCUAACUCUUGCUGGAGUACUUAGACUUGUCGGGCUGUCCAUAAUAUCAGGACACGAGAGCAAUAUGUUUUUAUCAGUUCUUGUUGAUAAUUUGCUAGAUCAGUUUCGCCAGUUGAUAUCAGAGCUUCGUAUGAAAGAAUAUGGCAAAGAAGGGUGGAAAACUUGGUAUUUUCAUCAUGGUUCUGGCCAGUUAUUGCGCAAGACAAGUUCUGCAGUUUGCAUGUUAAAUGAGAUAAUAUAUGGAUUAUCAGAACAGUCAGUUAAUACAUAUUCAACAUUCUUUAAAAAGUCUAGGGAAGAAACCUUGCAAGAAAAGAAACUUGCAUAUGAUGAUGACAAGUCUACAACUUUCAAAUGCCAAGGAUCAGCUUGGAAUAUGAGAGAGGGAAAGGAUAAUAGGGAUGCUACAAUUCUUUCCAUUGCCAGCAUUUUGCAUGAAUAUUUGUCACCUGAAGUGUGGGACAUUCCAUUGGAUCAGAAUGCACCUCUGCUGGAACAUAAAAUAGAAUUAGAUCUUCCAUUACAUUUCUUCCUUGACACCAUAAUGCUGCAACAGGUGAUCCUAGAUGGAAUAGGCAUUUUCAGCACAGUUCUUGGAAAAUAUUUUAUAAGCAGUGGAUUUCUGCACUCUUCUCUUUAUUUAUUACUAAGGAACUUGAUUUGCUCUAACAGUGAGAUAAGAAUCGCAUCAGAUGCUGUCCUACGUGUUCUUUCUGUUUCGUCCAGCCAUGCCACCGUAGGGCAGUUGGUUGUGGCAAAUGCAGACUAUAUUAUUGACUCUUUAUGUUACCAGUUGCAGCAUUUGGAUAUCAAUCCCCAUGUUCCAGAUGUACUUGCUGCUAUACUGUCCUAUGUCGGUACUGCUCGAGAUAUUCUGCCAUUGUUGGAGGAGCCGAUGCGAGCUGUAUCCUCAGAGUUAGAGGUCCUUGGUAGGCAUCAACACCCAAAUUUAACUAUUCCAUUUCUAAAGGCUGUGGGCGAAAUUGCGAAGGCAUCACAAACUGAAGCAUCUUCUUUGCCAGAUCAAGCAGAAAUAUUUAGUGCACAUGUCAGCUCCAAGAUUCUUAUGAUGCAAAAAUGGAUUAAUGAGAAUCAUGUGGAUAGUAGCUCCUCCUCCAUGUGUACCGAAUCCCAGGCUUUAGAAAUUGGAUCUGUCAAUUUUGAUGAUGUUAGUCUUCACUUGGAAUAUUGGGAGGAAUUAUUGUUUAAGUUUAAUGAGAUGAAAAGAUACAGAAGAAUUGUUGGAUCUCUUGUUGGAUCAUGCUUAAAAGCUGCAUCCCCACUUGUUUCUUCAGAGAAAGAAUCAGCUUGUCUGGUGUCUCUGGACAUUAUUGAGAACUCAGAAGGCAGCUCAAUGCACAGGCACCCAUUAAUGCAGGAUGUUUCUGUAUCUCUUGCAAAAGUGGAGGAAGCUUAUAAGCACGAGAAACAAACCAAAGCAGCAAUCUGGGAAGCAGUUCAGUUGCUAUCACUAAAUGAUCUGAAAGAUGGGAUGGAGGCUGCAGAUGAGGAAGCUGACGAGAACAGAGUGCUUCCAGCAAUGAACAUAAUCUGGCCUUAUUUGAUUCUUUGCCUUAAAAAUAAGGUUUCAGUGGUUGUGAUCAGGAAAUGCUUGAAUAUGCUGCAUAAAGCAGUUCAAAUUGGUGGCGGGGACUUUUUUGUUCGCCGGUUUCAGAAUGAUGGGCAUACUAUAUGGAAGUUGCUUACUUCAUCCCCAUUUCGAAGGAAACCAAUGCUAUCAAAUGAGGAAAGAAUUCUUCUCCCUUACCGAAGUAAUUCUAUCACUUCCGAAGAACCUAUGGCUGAAGUCUCCAGCCAAAAAAUCCAGGCAGCAGUAUUGGACAUGAUUACCAUGAUAUGUUCGGACAAGAGGACUAGUUCAGCAUUACAGACAGUCCUGAAGAAGGUUAGUGGUAUUGUGGUAGGUAUUGCUUGCAGUAGCAUGGCAGGUCUCAAAGAUGCAUCUCUAAGGGCAUUAUCAGGACUUGCUUGCAUUGAUUCAGACCUUACCUGGCUUCUGCUUGCCGACGUCUACUAUUCCCUGAAUAGAAGGGAUGUUAUCCUUCCACCAUGUCGAGAUCUGGCUGGGAUUUCUGAGCUGCUUCCUGCCGCAUCAUCCAAAAAGGAAUAUUUGUUUGUGAAUUAUGCAGGAGAAGAUUUAGGCCUUGAUAUAGAUCCUUCAUCCGUGGAGGUAGUAUUUAGAAAGAUGGAAUCAGAAGUUCUUUUAUGAUAACAUUUGUACAGUCGGAUCUGUAUCAUGUUGAAUGUACUCUGUAAAUUUGUGGGAGAUGUUAAGAAUCAUUGAGAAUGUAAAAGGGCAUUAGAAGUCACUUUGUACAUGGUAUUUAUAAGAUUAUGUUACAUGCGGAGGCUUUUAGUGCA